AUGCAUGCUGUUAAUGAAGAAGAUGCUGAUGGUGAUGAUGUUGAGAAUGAAGAUGAAGAUGAAGAUGGUGUUGGCAAUGUUGAUGAGCAUGCUGAUAAUGAUGAUGAUGAGGUUGAUGAUGAUGAUGAUGCUGGUUUUGAUCAUGAUGAUCAUUAUGAUUAUGCUGGACUACACCCUGAGGUGCAAAAUACCAUGCACAUUAAUUAUGGGGAUGAGAAUGAUGAAAAUGAGAAUGAAGAGAAUGAGGAUGAAGAGGCUUUGAUUCAAAGGAUUGUGGUUGACGAUAUAGAAAGUCGGGACAUGAUGUUUGAGGUUUCUACAUCGGGGAACCAUGCUCUGAUCAGAGCACUAACACAAUAUGAAGACAGUGUUGCUGAUGAAGAACAACAAAACAAUGAAACUGAGGAGGCAAUGGCUGAUAAAUUGGAUGGGAACAAGUCAAAAUUUGUUAAUGAAAACGCCAAGGAAGUGGAAGAUCAGAGAGAAGAAGGUAAAAAUGAAGGUGAGGUUCAAAAAGAAGUUCAAGGUGAAAAGGGAGUGGAACCAGGAGGUGAAAAUGAAGAAGAAAAGGGGGAGGAGAUGGCUGGAAAACAAAACGCUAUAGAAGUGGAAACAAUUGAUGAAAACGACGAUGAAGUUGAAAAGGAAGGAGAAGGGGAAGGAGAAGGGGAAGGGGAUAUGGCUGGAGAACAAAAUGCCAAACCCUUAACUCCUACACCAACCCCCAUAAAUGAUAAUGAUCAUCAUGAAGAUCAAAGGGACACUGAGGGUGGUGAUGAGAAUACUAUAUUUUUAGAUGAAGAUAUAAAUGAAAAGGAUAUUGAAAAAUGGGAUUGUGAUUUCAAGACACUUGAAUAUCACAUUUCCAUAUAUAAUGGGGGAAAAUAA